GGAAAAACAAAAAACAAAAACAAAAAUCUUCUGAGGGAGAAACGAAACCAGAGUGCAAGAAGAAGAGCAAGUCUAUUUAUCUUCUUCAAUUCGUUAUUUUCCCGGCGGACCUCCCCAUUGUUGAUUAUAUUCCGACGAAGAUGGAUACAGUGGUAUAGUCCGACGGCCCGGCCUCUCCAUUUCUAUUUAUAUGUCUGGAGAUUAUUAUCAUCAUCCCGCUGCUAACUUCACUUUCUCGAAUGGAUUCGAGAAACUCCAAACUGAACAUAUCCGGAGAGAGAGGCUAAGGGUCCAAGGAUUUGAGCCGGCGGAGGCGCCGCCUUUAGUUGCCAUGGAAGAAGAGCAUCAUCAGUCGACUGGGCUUCACCACCAACAGAUUUACGAGACCACCGGAAUGUUGUCAGAAAUGUUCAAUUUUUCUUCGCCGGAAAACCCGGAGUGUUAUCGUUUACGGCCGCCGCCUGAGUGGCACGGGAACCGACACGGGACGGCGGCCGACAUGCAACUUUUCCUCACGAACCCAUCCCCGCCUUCUCCGCCGCCUCUCCAAGACUACUACGCCCAGCGCGGGGGCAAUUUCGGUCAUUUCACAAAUUCCGAAAUCGGCGGCGUUAAUGUUGUGGAAAGCCAGGGACUGUCCUUAUCGCUAUCUUCCUCCUUGCACCCCCUCGAAGCGGGUAAGGCGGCGGAGGAAUUGAGGAUGGGCGGCGAACACGGCGGAAUGAUAUAUUUCAGCCAGGGGGCCGGAGGACACAAUUUUCUCCAAACGUUACAUAAUCUGCCGGGCGGCGUAGACGUGGGUCAAAGCAAUCAAGUCAACGCCGGAUCAAUUGGGUCGUCUAUGGGAGUGGUCAACGCGCUUAGAAAUUCCAAAUAUGCCAAUGCUGCUCAAGAAUUGUUGGAAGAAUUCUGCAGUGUUAGCCGCGACCAAUCGACGACGGUCGAUAAUGCCACGAAACUAACCGCCGCUUCCUCCGCCGAUCAAAACCCUAAUUUAGAUAAAACUAUUCCGCCGAGUUCCGGCAGUAAAGCCGCCACUUCUCCACCUCCAUUAUCUGCCUCCGAUCGAAUUGAGCAUCAAAGACGAAAAGUCAAACUGUUAUCCAUGCUUGAUGAGGUGGACCGAAGAUACAACCAUUAUUGUGAACAAAUGAAGAUAAUUGUGAACUCAUUUGAUUUGGUGAUGGGAUUCGGAGCAUCGAUGCCAUACACGUCUCUCGCCCAACGAGCAAUGUCUCGACAUUUCCGGUGCUUGAAGGGCGCCAUUAGCACGCAGCUGAAGCACAGCUGCGAGCUUUUGGGAGACAAAGACUCGGGCGGGACGUCGUCAUGUCUGACAAAAGGAGAGACUCCAAGGCUUAAGAUGCUUGAACAAACCCUAAGAAAGCAAAGGGAAAUUCAUCAAAUGGGAAUGUUGGAACAUGAAGCUUGGAGGCCCCAACGAGGCCUACCCGAACGUUCAGUCAACAUGUUGAGAUCUUGGCUCUUUGAGCAUUUUCUACACCCGUACCCCAGUGAUGCAGAUAAACACCUCUUAGCUCGACAGACUGGUCUCUCCCGUAACCAGGUAUCGAACUGGUUCAUAAAUGCGAGGGUUAGGUUGUGGAAACCCAUGGUUGAAGAGAUGUAUCAACAAGAAGCCAAAGCAAAUGGUGGAGCUGGAGAAAAGAGUAUAGACAGCAACAGUACCAGCAUCAGCAGCAGCCCCAACAGUGGGAAUCAUGUCACUGCCCCCACACCACCAUCGCCCACUACUGUCACUAUCACUGCACAAGUUGGUGCAUGCAAAAGAUCCGAACGGAAUUGUGACCAAGAAAAUGACCCUUCACUCCUAUCAUCAGUGACCAAUUUCCCCGAAGACCGCGCCGGAUCGCCUUCCGGUAGCGUUUUGAGGCUCGGAACGACUGGCAGCUCCGGUGAUGUUUCGCUCACACUGGGGUUGCACCACCACGGAAAUUUGCCGCCGGACAAAAAAGCAUGGUCCUAGCAGUGGGCCCAUCUCUCUCCGAAUUAUUUACUCCUUACGUCCAACAAAAUCUUUAUGACACGAAGGGAGUAUUGUUGUACAACAUUCAUUAAGAAUUAUGAAUAUAAAAUCAACGAAGUGAGAUAAAGUAACAUGAAAAAAGAUAGGGAGAGAAGACGUUUUUACUUAUGUGUUCAUCUUUGUGUCGCAAUUAUAUCUACAAGACAAUUAGACAAACGCGUGAUUAAUCACACAAAAUUGAUAUAGAGAGUAUGAUUAUGAAAAUUGAUAUAUCGUGCAUAUUUAUGCACUUUGAUUAACUUUUAGUCC